AUGUCCACGUACUGUGAAAUAGACCUGAUCUUGCUCUUCACAGUUUCAGUGGCUGUGAAUUCCGGCACUGCAAACUGCAAGAAAUUUCAGUAUGACCUGCGUCGGGAAGAAAGUGUCGAGCUACGAGCAAUACUGGCAGCACGGUUCGAGCGACGAGCACAGACUUCAAAUUCACCGCGUCCGGACAGUGGGCAGUGGUCAGGUGUGCACAGUGACGAUGAAAGUUCUUGGGGUGAUCUGGAUGAAGAACUGAGUGUGGAGCGGCAGUGUCGGCAGCUGAAAGCACACAUCCAAACCCUCUCGCGGACAGUAGCGGAGCGGAAUACCGAAAUUGAACGGCUGGAGAAUCGCUUGAAUGAACUGGCACCGACGAAGGGGCCAAUGCUUUCAGGCAGCGAGAACAAGCCCUAA